AUGGUUUCCGAGACGAGCGCAAUCGACCACUUGAGUCCAAAUGAGUCCACAGAUACCGCGAGAGUUGCCCCUCGGCGUCCCAAGGCAUCACAAAGGCAACAUUCUGCCGAAACAAAACGGGAAGAUGAGGAUCCAACUUACGACCUCAUGGACCUCCCUCAGCCAACUCAUGCGCCGACCGAUGCGCAACCAUCCUGCAAGCCACCCUACGAUCUCUCACCUAACGCCCUAGCUGGCAACCAAAACCGCACCAAGCGUCGAGGGCGCCCCCGUCUUGAUUUGACACAAACCAAAGACCCUAAGCAGGGCAAACCAAAGGACUCGAGCGUUGCCAAAAGCGCCCGAGUAUCCAAGAAGCCAACCAAACGAAGGAAGCGGCCUGAGAAAGGUACAAACAGUAGUACAGACAAUCCAUUCGUCGCGAACGGGAACCAUAUCAGUCAUGGACUCUUUGACCUUGCUACUGCAAAUCAAAUGAUUCCCCAGUGCAACCCGGAAUUGAUCACUACUUGUCCCAAACCACCGUCGCCAGCUGGGAUGUGUGACUCAAAAACAUACCUCUCGUAUCAAAUCGAUAUGGCUCGCUAUUUGGCCUACAAUGGCGUAUCGGGGCCAUACCGGGUCGGCGAAUUCCUUUGCGAUAUCUACCUUCCAAACGGGAGGUUUGUUAGGAUUGCUAGCCUUAACGAAGACCCCUAUGGUAUGCGGAUACACUCGCGGGAUGCAUCAAAGGUGACGGGCAAGCCUGUCACAAUGUCUAAUGGAACGCUGCUCUGGAUGGAGGAUGAGAACGGAAAAAGGAUCCCCCCUGAGUGGUCAUUCAAUGAGCCUCACAACUUCCCCAGGGUUCCCUCAACCGCGCCGCUGCGGCAUCCUGGGCUUCGGUCUAGUUGCAACCCCACAUUGUUUUGA